CCAGGAAAUAAAAGGAAAUUAAUUAGAGAAGCCAAAGGAAAGAAGAAGAAUAUAAUUAACGACAGCGCCCAGCCAUGCCCUUAGAAGGGGUUUUCAUUGAGCCCUCUACUUCUUCUACUCACCAUUCAAACCCAGAUCUUUCUCUCCACAUUAGCCCUCCCAACGCCGCAUCCUCAUCCCCCCCGCCGCCGCCCUCCUCCACCGGGUUCGACCUCUCGGCGUCCCACCGGCCAACACCCGCGUCCUCGUACCCGGAGCUCUCCUUGGCCGCCACGGCGACCGCGGGUGAUGGCAGCAGCCGGUUCUUGAGAACCGGCGGCGGCACGGGGAGGGAAUACCAUCAACUCCACCAACAAAGCAGCUGCCUUCUUCCCCACCACCAGAGUCAUCCUUAUUACCACCAAAACCAUGGCGGAUUUCUAAAGAGUAUUAGUAGUACGAAUGGGAGCUGCGGCGGCGGCGGCGGCGGGGGUGUGAGCAACAUAAAUCAUGGGGUUUCGCUGUUGGACGUAUCCGACGGUCUCAGGCCCAUCAAGGGCAUCCCCGUGUACCACCAGAACCGUCCGUUUCCGUUCUUGCCGGCGGUGGGGGAGACCAAUAAGGAUCCGGCGACAGCGGCCAAGAUGUGCGGCUUCUACCCAAUGCCGCCGCCGCCGCCUUCAUCCGCUCCUCCUCCCUCCUCCCCGUAUUUCAACUGCUUGGAUCAUCUGUCCUCCCCCUCCCCGUCCGGUUACCGGAGAUUCAACGGCUUCUCCCCCUCCCCUGCUUACCCCGCGAUCAGCCCGCAGCAGUACGGGAUAGGGGGAGUGGGAGCUCCACCCCACCACCACCACCACCACGACGGCCCCUCCCCGGCGGCGGCGGCACACGGGAUAAUGAUGAGAUCGAGAUUCCUCCCGAAGCUCCCGGCGAAACGGAGCAUGCGGGCCCCGAGAAUGAGGUGGACCAGCACCCUCCACGCCCGCUUCGUCCACGCCGUCGAGCUCCUCGGUGGCCAUGAAAGGGCAACUCCAAAAUCAGUACUAGAGCUAAUGGAUGUGAAAGAUCUCACACUUGCUCAUGUCAAGAGCCAUCUACAGAUGUAUCGAACUGUUAAAACCACUGACAAACCUGCGGUUUCCUCAGGGCAAUCCGAUGGGUCCGGUGAUGACGACUUGACCGUGCUCGGCAGCACCGGCGGCAGUUUUCGUCUUACCGACCAAAGAGGUCCUCCGGAUGGGUCUUUUCAACAAGAGCCGGAUUUCACCUCCACCGCGGCAGCUAGCCUGUGGAGUAACUCUUCAAGCAGCAGAGAAGGAUGGUUGCAGACAAGCAAUUCCCAUGAGGGGAGUGGCCUUAUCAGAUCAUCUUCUUCCUCAUUUCAUCACCAGCAAAGAUGUGGUCAUCCCAUUGAAGACUGUGAAAAGAAUCCCAUCCUGGAGUUCACUUUAGGCAGACCAGAUUGGAGCCAAAUCCCGAGCCCUAACCCUCCCUCUUGGUUCGGCUCUCUCCCUUACUUCUCACUAGCGCUGAUCAUCUUCUUCGGCAAUCUCUUCCUCUCUUUUUUUCUCGACAUGGCGUCCGACAACUCCUCUACUACUACUUCUACCUCCACCACGCCAAAUUAUCCUCAUCUCGCCUUCACAACCAUCUCAAACAUCAAGCUUCAUAUCCUUAUUCAACUUAGCAUCUCUGCUCCUAACUAUAAAAAAUGGAGUCGCCUCUUUCUUCUUCUUGUGCGACAUUUCAAUCUCCAAGGCUAUCUCACCGGUGUCACAAAACCCUUCGGUGAUAACGACACGGAAUGGGUCCAGUUUGAUGCCCUUCUUCAAGGAUGGAUUCUCUCAACAGUCACCGAUGAAGUGUCCGAUCUCAUCAUUGCCUCUCAUGACACCGCCACCGGAUUAUGGAAGCUUCAACCUCUCUUGUUCUCGGAGAUUGAACGCCCGAAGUUGUUCAACCAUUUCCCGGCCGAUUUCGUCGCGAGAAGAAGCGGAAACAGAGGCGGACCCUCCCGAACCAGAGGCAAUGGAUUUUGCCUUCUUUCUUCCGAUCGGCCGUGGAAUGGGGUCCUUGUCAUCGGAAUCCGCAACGUUGACGGGAGGGAUUUGAUCGGUAGAACCGAUAGUCUCGUCGACUUGAACCUCGGCGCCGACGGUGGAUCUUUUCCGGAACGAUCCGUCGUCAGGAUUGUUGAGUUGUUGCCACUUCGGGGAACGACUCAAAAUCCUCCAAAGAUCGAUGGGAACCUUGUCUUGGUGCCCGUCGUCUUGAUACCGGGUUGAGGCAAGCCGGAGAACAUUGGCGUCGUUCGUGCCGCUCCUCCGGGACCGGGAGCAUUCCUCGUAAACUCCGAUAAACUUUCAGACUUUUU